GAAAAAGCUCUGUUUUCCUCUGCAACCAUGUUAAUAAAAAACAUGCGUACAGACUAGUUUAUCCCCUCUCUCUCUCUCUCGAGAGUUUUCUUUGGAUUUCCUGGGUAUGAUAUGGAAUAAUCUCUCUCCCUUUUGGAGUUUUGUUUCUGGAUUUACAGAGUGUGAUAUGCAAUAAUCUCUCUCUCUCUCUCUCUCUCUCUCAAUCAGAGUUUUAGAGCUCUCAUUUGCACCUUCCAAGAACUUGUAAAAAAGUUUGCACUUCCCAAGAACUUGACCGACCUGGUUUCUGGGAUCGGCUAUUUCCUACAGGGAAUCUGAUGGAAGACAAGAAAUUGGAUUUUUAUCAGCCAAUUUUAUCUGUGAGGAGGGUUACAUCAACAGCAGUAUCCACACAAUCUGACAACAUAAGGACCACUGAUAAUUCAUCCCCUAAAGUACCUCCCCUUCCUUUUUACAAGUCAGAGUUAAAAUCAGGUCCAGUGAGGAACCCAGGAACUGUUCCUUUUGUCUGGGAGAAAACCCCAGGAAGACCCAAGAAUGAAAGGAAAGCACUAACUGUUGGUCUCGAAAGGCCUCAUAUUGCUCCAAAGCUUCCACCUGGGAGGGUUUCAAUCGUCAAACAGCAGGAUUUUGCUGAAGGUUCUAAACCUACAACUAUUACUCAGUCCAAAACAGAAAGUUUCCUUUCCAGGUCUCAAUGUGUUUCAGCUUUGGAUGAAAAUGUGACCAAAUAUGAAAGCUCCAAAGAGAAGAUAGAGGUGGAGGGUUUUGGUUCAGAGCAAGGUGAUGACGCCUAUAUGGAUGCCCUUGACGCAAUUUCUAGGACAGAAUCAUUUUUUAUGAACUGCAGCAUUAGUGGGUUGAGCAGCUUGGAUAGUCAAGAUGUCAAACCAUCUGGAACGUUCACGAUGGAUCCACAAACUCGGGAUUUCAUGAUUGGUCGCUUCUUGCCUGCAGCAAAGGCAAUGGCUUCUGAAACACCCCAACAUGCUACUUGGAAGCAACCCGUUCUACAAGAACAACUGAGACAGGUAGAGAAGGCAGUGGCUAGGGAUAAACGUGCUCCACAUAAUGAGAAUAAACCAAAUGUUGUGUCAUGUCAAUCCCAUGAUAUAGGUGUGGAAGACAGUGAAGAUGAAGCUUAUAAUUAUGAUGGAUCUGAAAUUUCAUCAGCUAGAGUUUGUGGCUUAUUUCCUAGGUUUUGCUUAAAAAGUUCCUUUUGCCUUCUAAAUCCUGUACCGGGGAUGAGCAUGCAGAGAGGGGUACCCAUUUCUUCAGUCCGUACGGUGAAGGCAAAACCUUCAUAUGCUGGUUCUUGCAGUGACUCAGAAAAGGAGCAUGCUGAGGAUGGUGCACAUGAGCAAAGAUUGCUAGGUGGAUGUCGAGCAGAUGAAUUGCAUGAAAAUAAGACUGCAGUGAAAAGUGAAUCCAAUAAAACUGCUCAUAAAAGUGAAUGUAAGAAACCAGAUGAAUCACCUUUGAACAAGUGUUUUCAGGGUAAUGGCAUGACGAACUUCCGGAAUGAAUCUUUCCUAUCUCUCCAUGAAGAAAAAGGUUUUCUUGGUCCUUCUGAAAAAACCAAGAAUUCCAGGGUGAAUGGGUCAGAUUUGCACAGAAAAGGCCAAACCAAUUUUCGAGAGUUAUUGGUCAAUGAGAGUACCGAAUGGGAAUCAGGUUCUACAAGCCCAGUAGAGAAAACAGUCUAUGUUGACUCUGUACAUGUAGUCAAAUCUCGAAAUUCAAAUUCAAGUUUUCCAAAUAUGCGAGGCUUAUCUGAUAAAGGAGAGGAUGAUUUUGGGAUUAUUGGAAAAAGUAGUGUAAUGGAAAAAAGUUCUUGCGUAGAUUCUUCACCUCAAGAUUUCAAGCACUUUGGUGUUGGGGAUGGAAAUGCAAAAGUGCAACCUGAAAGUUCAGACUCUAUUGAUGCCUUUUUUCUGUCUUGUUUUGACAGACACAAUCCUGAUAGGCAAAUGGAACUGAUGAAUGAUUCCAAACAGUCUCAGGAUCUUAUUCUGGAUUCUGCUACAUUGAUCGGACCAAAAGUGGUUGAUACUAAGGAAGUUGAUUUACACAGCCAGCAGCCAGUAAAAUCAGUUGAUCCUGAAGGACCUCAUGGCCUUACUCGGGAUUAUGAUACACUGACAUGUUCAAAAGUGGCUGACAGUUGGAAGAUUAGUUCAGAAAACCGACAGCCUAAGAAAUCUUGUACUCGAGUAAGUUCUGCUGGCCUUACUCAGGACUCUGUCACAUUUGCAUACUCAAAAGUGGGUGAGAAAAUUAAUUUAGAAAGCCAACGGCCAAAGAGAUCAGGUAAACAAGAAAGUUCUCAUGGCAGUUAUCCAUGGCUUCCUCUUGGCCCACCUUUACCAAAAUCUCCAUCUGAGUCUUGGCUAAAGCGCACUCUGCCUACCCUUUCCUCAAGGAAUUUACCUUCAAGCUCUUCUCUUGCCAUGUGCGUUAAUACUAGAAACCAAGCUUCCAAGACAACCUCUCUUGAUUCUAACUGGGAAAGACUUGUUAAAACUUCCAACACACACCAUGGGCAUUUGCGGUUCUCUGAGGAAUUACUGGCACCUAUACCUGAAGCUUAAAAACUUGGAAGCCUUAUCUUGUCCAUGCAUCCAUACAUUUGACUGGAAUGUACAUCCUUUGAUGGUGUUGGGAUUAUCAAAGUCAUUUCUUUUCCUGGUCAUUUAGUUUCCUCUUUACUAGGUGUUCCCUUUUUGGUUCCUAUACGUGGAAGUCAGUAUAUAUGAUGGCAUAACUGUAAAUCAACAUCCCCAUUUCUUCCUGUGAUAAGAAACUUCAGCUUGCUGCUCUCGUAAAUCUCAACAAUUUGUUGAACUUAUACAAAAGUUUGU